AUGGAUAAAAUUGAGAAGAAAUCCGUGGAAGUUGGCUCCAAUGAUAACUCAAGUGAACAUGACAUUGUUGAUUCAGAUGAUAAACAACUCAUUAGUGAUAUUCGUCAGGAGAAGAAAUUCGGACAAUUAUGUACUUUUACCAAACAUAAAAGAACAGUUCAUGAAGGUCGCAAAGACUUCGCAUGCACCAAAUGCGAAAGGAAAUUUGGAUGUAAAUCAGCUUUGUUCUUACACCAAAAAACAGUCCACUACGGUCGCAAAGAUUACUCGUGCGACAAGUGCGAGAAGAAAUUUGGAUAUAAACAGACUUUGCUUAUUCACCAAAAGGCAGUACACGAAGGUCGCAAAGAUUUCACAUGUGACAAGUGCGAAAAGAAAUUUGGAUAUAAAUCAGAUUUGUAUAAACACCAAAAAAUAAUUCACGAAGGUCGCAAAGAUUUCGUAUGCGACAAGUGUAGAAAAGAAUUCGGAUUCAAAUCAACUUUGCUUGUGCACAAAAAAACAGUUCAUGAAGGUCGCAAAGAUUAUAAAUGCGACAAGUGUGAGAAAAAAUUUUCACAAAAUGGUGGUUUGUUCUUACACCAAAAGAUAGUCCACGAAGGUAGGAAAGAUUUCGCAUGCGAUAAGUGCGAGCAGACAUUUGGACAAAGAUCAAAUUUGUUAAAGCACCAAAAAAAUGUUCAUGAAGGUUAGAAAGAUUUUGUAUGCGACGGGUGUGUGAAGAA